CAGUCGGCAGUCUGACUCGCCUUCGGUAUCACCUUCUUGCGCCCCGCCGUUCGGUUUCCCAAACAUCAGAGGAGGAGGAGGGGGGGGAUAACGCUAUCUACAUGGAGAUGUUUGCUUCUUCUUCUGUUUUUUCUCCCUCUGCUCCGCAUCAUGGCCAGCUAUAUAUGAGGAGGAUUCCUCUGUAAUGCUGGCAUUUAGGUUCGAGGGAAUAAACAAGCGUCCCCUUCUGUCGCGCAGCAGCAGCAGCAGCAGCAGCAGCAGCAGAGGACCCAGGCUGGCUGUCCGCUCCGGCCCGAGGACUCCUCCCCGCCACGACCGUGACACUUCCACCACAUCGCCGUGAAGGAUAGCAAGCCUUUUUUCCCCCGCCAGUCAGCGUGUGAACGUUGGGACAGAAGGAUCAAGGUUUCCACGUCGCUCACCCCCCCAUCCAUUCCGAUGCCGGCGGGGACUGAGUAGGUGGCUUUGAAAAGUUGCCUGGCGAACGGGGACAUCUGACGUAGGACACCACAAGGCGUCAUUGGACACGUUCAGCCUUUUUUUUCUCCUAAUACGUCUUGAGGUUGAUCUCCACGUUGUCUAUUGGAGAGGGCGACCCCCUUUUGCCACAGACUGCGUCCGACUCUACGCAUAAACGAGGGCGCAAUAACGGCUGUUUUGCGCAUUGUUUUCUGUGUUUCCGAACACUGCUUUCGACAGUGUGUGUGUGUUUGUGGAAGAUUUUUUUAUAUUGAUCAGUAGGACCAUCAGCGGACCUGUCACCAGUGACGUCCCGCGCAACACAUGCGUCCCUGCGAGUCUCGGACCUACACCUCUUAACAGUUGAUACUCUACAAAAAAUAGACACAGCGAUACGUUGAUGCUUUUUCAACAUUGAACUGCUUUUUUUUGUACCACUGUUAUUAACAAGUGUCCACACCAAAAGUGCCCCCAUCGGAUGAACACUGACGCGCAUUUCUCUCCGCGCCUUCUAUGUUGUGUCUUUUUUUCUCGAACUGCUCCAGAAACCACACGACCACAUGUGCCUGAGGCACGUCACCCGUCCCACCUGAAGCGUCCCUGAAAGCCCGAUCCACCUACUGACCGCGCUUCGCAAGCCGAGAUUGAAGAGGAAUACGUGGCGUGAAGUUUUCCGGCUGUAGUGAUGCUGCAAGUGGAAAUGGUCCUCUUCGUGUGCCUGGUGAUGUGGAUGUGUGUAUUUAGCCAGGAGCCGAGCUCCAAAGUGGUGGCCGACCGCUAUGCCGUCUUCUGGAACAGGACCAACCCGAGGUUCCACCGCAGCGACUACCACAUCGACGUCUGCAUCAACGACUACCUGGACGUGUACUGUCCCCACUACGAGGACUCGGUGCCGGUGGAGCGGGCCGAGCGCUACGUCCUGUACAUGGUCAACUACGACGGCUACAGCACGUGCGACCACACCGCCAAGGGCUUCAAGCGCUGGGAGUGCAACCGGCCGCACUCCCCCAAUGGGCCGCUCAAGUUCUCCGAGAAGUUCCAGCUCUUCACCCCCUUCUCCCUGGGCUUCGAGUUCCGCCCGGGCAGAGAGUACUACUACAUCUCCUCAACCAUCGCUGAGAACGGGAAGAAAACAUGCCUGAAGUUAAAAGUUUUCGUCCGACCAUCAAACAACUGUGUGAAAACUAUUGGGGUACAUGACCGCGUUUUCGAUGUAGACGACAAAGUAGACAAUUCAUUAGAACCACGAGACGAUACCAGCCAUGAAUCGGCCGAGCCUUCCCGAAGCGAUGCAACAAACGCUGCACCGCACCUGCGGAUAGCAAGUCCUCUGCUGGCGGCAGUGCUGCUCUGCCUAGUCGCUCUCAUCACCUUAUAGCGCCUCCCUCUGUUCCGGAGGGCAAUUACACCUGGUGCGGCCUAAAUAUCUGCCCAAUGCUGAA